GGUCUCUAAUUCAGUUGACACGUUCUAAUCAUUUCUCUAUCCAUUUUCCUUCAUUUUUUUCUCUCUCUUUAUUUCUUCAUACAUUUAAUUUUCUUAGAUCAUAAUUGAUUAAUGGUACAAGAAUUAUAAUUCCAGAAGGUGAGAAUAUGGAGUAUGAUGUUCGUGAUCUCUACCCCUUGACAAGUCUGCAAAUUGGGGAUGUGCAAUCUUAUCUUUCACAAGCAUACCUGUUUUUUGCAAUUUAUAGUCACAAGUUCUUGAUCUUGGUCGAUAAUCAUUCCUGGCGGAUGAAUAAUAAUCACUCCAAAUCCACCCACCUAAGGGAGCUAUUUGCCACUAAGUACAGGACGUCACCCUUCAAAAACUCUAGGGCUUUGUUAAGGCGUGUCAGUGCACGCUACAAAGAUAACUCGAUUUCUUCAAAUGAUGAGAGGAAGAAAUUGUACAGGUGGGUGUCUGUUGUCAAUUCUCAGAGGUGGAGAGCACAAGCUUUUUUCUCUUUGGUGGAUUUACAUGUAGCUUUACAUGGCUUCAUAGUGUUCGAAGUUUAUUGGAAGGAUAUACGUGGCAUCAACUACUUCAGUGAGCUUCAGUCAGACAUAUCAAUGGCUUUUGAGGUAAAAUCAAUGAGAAAAUGGGAUUUCCACAGCAUUGACCAAGCUUCUAGUUGUAUCCAAACAUGGUUCUCAGGAUCACAAUCAGAGAUUGAGUCAUUGUGGAAGUGUCUAAUGUCCCUCGACGAUAAAGUUCCUUCACAAUCUCCACAAAAAGUAAGAAUCUCUUUUAACGAUUUGCUCAUAGGACAUGGAAAGCACACCAAGAGUUCGUCAAUUGAUGAUUAUUUUGAUGUCAGAGAAUGUACCCAUCAGGGUACUGAUCCCGAUCUUUGUUGUGAGCAUAAGCUUCCUGAGAAACAAAAUGAGCAGAAAACACCAAGAAGACAACAGGAUACAGAUAUUGAACCUGUGCAUUAUAAGGACACUCUACUGAAAUUCUAUUUUGAUGACAGGGACCUUCCUUUUACAUUGAAAAGAAUAAUAACUUCUGAUCUAAGACUUCUAACUUUGCUCGAGUCAGGCCUUCCUUCAUGGGUUGUCUUCCUUCAGUCAUAUCCUUUCUUCUGCAAAGUUUAUCGACCUUGGAUGAGGCCUCUAGUGAGAACGCUUUAUAUAUUAAUCUCUCUUGUUACUUGUGUGAUUGGAUUUUACGAUCUAUACAAGAAUGUUCCGGUGUUGAAGGCUGCUGCAUCACGUAUUUGUGGGCCAAUAUUUAUUUGGAUAGAGGACUGGGAUAUGAUUUCCAGAGUUAGAUAUCUAGGAACAAUGUUGUUCAUUCAGAAUUUUGAGAAAGCAAUGCGAUGGUCUCUCAAAAUUGGUCAAGUCUUGAAACUGCUGUUGUUGCUACUAACAAAACCGUUGAUGGAACCACUACAGGACCUAGUGGAAUUCACUUCACCUCUAUGGAUUCUACUGUGUGAAGCAGGAUCAGAUUUUUACAGCAUGGUGUCAUUCGCUUUGAUUACCUUAUGUAGUCUAGUUUUUGACCUAUUUGAGCUUCUACUGUCUCCAUUCCAGCUUCUGUACUCGUACAUUGUAAUUAUAGUUUCAUUUUUUAGUCCUAUUUUUGCCUCCGUUUGGGAUCUUUGUCAAGUUCCACUUCAGAUGUGUUCUCCCAUGGGAAGUCAUGCAACCUUUUUCUUUAGUAACAUGUAUAAGGAUCUUCAAGAAAUGCUGAUGCUCAUUGUGAGCAAAGCAACUGAGGUUGGUCAUCUGGCUACCCAAUUAUCUAAAGCAAAGCCGGCCACAACAGAAGUUUCCAUAUGGAGUUCUCUGUGGAAAGAUCUGUUUUCAAAGGUGUUUCGCUCUCUCCGUAGUAUUUCUUAUGGAUUAAUUGCAUUCUUGGAUUCAUGCAACCGACAUAGACUUAGCACAUCUAACCACCUCAGGGAAUACAUAAGGCGCAUGUCUGAACUGUUAUCAUCAGGAUUGAAAGCUUCUCAGCGAGCGCUUCCAUCAACAGGACUGAAAGCUUCUCACCAAGCGCUUGCUGAGGAAGGCUGUCAACAGCAAAGCCCUGAAGAUCAUGAGCACUUCGAUUGAACAGAAUAUUGGUUGUCUCUCCUGUACAAAUGCUGAUGAACAUACAUCUAAUCUACCAGCCUAACCUAUGUACCGCCUUGCUAGUAAUUUGUCUACUCGCAAACUAAUUCCAUAUGUGCUUGGACACCGGUUUUUUUAUGUACACUGAACUAUUCUGUAACGGAUAUUAUAUCAGCCUUUUUAUGUCUAAUUCUUUGUACAGAGGAAUGGUUUCUCGGAAUCACCCCAAGUUGUAAUACAAGUAUAUACUAGUGAGUAGUGAAUUAUACUGUGAGCAGUGUCUCCACAUAUUAGAAAAGUUGGUCAGACUAUGCUGCAGUUUGUAUCUCGAGUAAUGAAGGCCUUGUUUAGAAAGUGAAAUAUGUUGUUGUAUAGCAAUUGCACAUUGCACAGGAAGAGCCAUUGAGUCUUUUCUCCGAAAAAUGGCAAAGAAAUUCACGAUUGUAGUUAUUUUACCAAGUA